UACACAUAGCUCUAUAAGGAAAAAAGACUAAAAUAUGCGAGAACUCUGCUAAAUGCAAAUUUUUUAAUAAAAAGUAGCGACAGCAACUCAAAGUGUCAGUGGGCCACCAAAAUUCACCAACUAGUUACUUUAAAUCUCUCUUCUGGCAACCGACCAAAAGUCAGAGUGUACACCCCUGUAUAUUGAUAUAAGUAAACAUGAUAUCACAGUUAUCAAAGUUUAAAAGGUCUUCAUACUUGGGUUAUUUAUAUCAAUGUGUAUACGUUUCUUCAAAAGCGGUUUCAAGAGCAGAUGUUGUUUCCCCAAUAAGAAAAGUAUUAGUUGCUAAUAGAGGUGAGAUAGCAUGUCGUGUGAUUCGUACUGCAAAAAAGAUGGGUAUACGUAGUGUUGCAUGCUACAGUGAUGCUGAUGCAAAAUCUAUGCAUGUUGAAUUGGCUGAUGAAGCUUAUUACAUUGGUGGUUCAGCAGCUGCAGAUAGUUAUCUGAACAUGGAAAAAAUCAUAAAUGUUGCUAAAAAGUCAGGUGCCCAGGCUAUUCAUCCUGGUUAUGGAUUCUUGUCUGAAAAACCAGAAUUUGCUAAUCUUUGUGAAAAAAAUGAAGUUAUUUUUAUUGGACCACCAUCAUCUGCUAUUCGUGAUAUGGGCAUCAAAAGUACAUCCAAGGAAAUAAUGGGUUCAGCUGGUGUACCCUUAAUUAAAGGUUAUCAUGGGGAUAAUCAAUCAAAUGAAUUCUUAAAAGAACAAGCUUUGAAAAUUGGAUAUCCUGUUAUGCUAAAGGCAGUACGAGGAGGUGGUGGUAAGGGGAUGCGAAUUGUCACAAAUCCAUCAGAUUUUGAAACCUCAUUGCAAUCUGCAAGAAAUGAAUCUCUUAAAGCAUUCGGUGACUCUAAUAUGCUCAUUGAACAGUUUAUAAAAAAACCAAGACAUGUUGAAGUUCAAGUAUUUGCUGAUAAAUAUGGAAACACUGUGUAUCUGUUUGAGAGAGAUUGUAGUGUUCAAAGAAGACAUCAGAAGAUUAUAGAAGAAGCUCCUGCUCCUCAUAUGUCAGAAGAAAUUCGUAAAAAGCUUGGAGAUGCAGCUGUCAAAGCAGCUAAGGCUGUAGGUUAUGUUGGAGCAGGAACUGUGGAAUUCAUUUUUGAUGAAGAAGGAAAUUUUUAUUUUAUGGAAAUGAACACUCGUUUGCAGGUUGAACAUCCUGUAACAGAAAUGAUAUCAGGUGUUGAUUUAGUAGAAUUACAGAUUCGUGCUGCUGCAGGUGAGGUUCUUCCGUUUACACAAGAUGAUCUUUUACUUAAUGGGCACUCAUUUGAAGCACGUAUAUACGCUGAAGACCCUGAAAGUAACUUCAUCCCUGGUACUGGAUUACUAAAAUAUAUUUCUACUCCAAAAGAAGACUCUUCUGUUAGAGUUGAAACAGGGGUUAGACAAGGUGAUGAAGUCAGUCAAUUUUAUGAUCCUAUGAUUGCUAAGUUAGUUGUUUGGGACAAGGAUAGAACAUCUGCUUUGCUAAAACUUACUAACAAGUUGCAAGAAUAUCAUAUUGUUGGAUUGAAAACAAAUAUUCCAUUUCUUAUUAGCCUUUCAUCAAAUAGUUCAUUCAUUAAUGGUGAUGUACAUACUGGCUUCAUUCAGCAACAUUACAAUGAGUUAUUCUGUGGAAAACCAAAAGUUACAGAUGAACAGUUUGUAAAGGGUGCAAUCGGCAUCAUACUGCAACAGAAAAUGACUGAAAUAAAAAAUAUCACUUUGUCUUCUCCAUUGUGCUCUGGAUUUCAUAUCAACAUAAAUAACAACACAAAAUUACUGUUGGAAAGUGGCGAACAAGAUGCUGUUGUUGAUAUUUCAUUCUUAAAAACUGGGGAGAUUUUAAUGAAGGUUGGGGAAUCAAAAUAUCUAUGCACCGCUAAAACUGAAAAAAAAGGUUCAAAAGAAAUUGUUGAGGUUUUCAUUAAUGGAAAAAAAGAAUCAUUUGAAAUGUUUUACAAUAAUGGAAGUAUACAUAUCUUUACUCAGGAUGGUUCAUUUCUUGUAAACCAAAAACAGCCACUAUUCCUCACAGAUUCUUCCGAUAAACAUUUAAAAGACAGUGCGAUUGCUCCAAUGACUGGUAGCAUUUUACAGGUUUGUGUUAAAGUGGGAGAUACAGUAGAAUGUGGUGACACUGUGGCGGUUAUAUAUGCUAUGAAAUUAGAACAUCGAGUUGUUGCUCCUUAUAAUGGUAAAGUAAAUGAAGUAUAUGUUCAAGAAGGGGGAAUGGUUAACAAAGGCGAUGAACUUGCUAAAAUAAGUAAAUCUGAAUAAAGAAGGAAAAACAAAACAAGUGAAAGUAACAGUAUCAAAUAAAAAUAAAGUCAAAAAUUAAAAGAGUAAUCUACACUUUUGUAUUGAUUCCAAUCAAAUAGUUUUGAAUUUUAUAAACUUUUAGAAGAAAAAGAAGAAGAAGAUUUUAAUAGCUUUUUGUUUUUGAGUUGGGUCUCAAUAUAUAUGGACAAUAUUUAAAGAACAAUUUGUGAUAUUAUUUAUAAUGUGAUAUGAUUUAUAAAUUUUCAUAAAUAUUUUUUUGAAUUUUUAUAAAUAUUUAUAAAUAUUUUCUCUUUAUUUAACAUUUUAAAUAAAAGUACAAGUAAUAGAAGUAAUUAUAAUAAAGAAUAAUAUAAUAUAUAAUGUAAUAACAUUGUUUCAUUAAUAUUAUUAAUAAUAUAAUAUACUGAUUGAUAAUAAUAUAUUAAGUAGGUGAUAUCAUUUACUUGUAUAUUUUAGCUACCAAUUAUUUUUGGGUUACAUUUAAAUAGUUUUGAAAUAAUCAGUUUCAAAUCAAAGUCAAAGUUUUGAGAAAGUUGAAAGUAGCAUAUAUAAAAAAACUGCUUUUGUUAUUAUUAUUAAUAAUUAUUGUUCUUUUUAA